GAAAGUUUUUCCUGACGGAGUUUUGGCGGCGGCAGCCGGAGCGGCCAUGGACGCGCUCAAGUCCGCCGGGCGGGCGCUGAUCCGGAGCCCCAGCCUCGCCAAGCAGAGCUGGGGGGGCGGCGGCCGGCAUCGGACUGCCUGAAAAGUGGCUCACCCUGGCCCCUCAGUACCCUUCUUUCCAAGAGGGGUCCCUCUGAUCUUCAGGCUCCCUACAAGCUGUCAGAGAACUCAGAGCAGAGCUGCCGGAGAACUGGACAGACACUCGGGAGACGCUGCUCGAGGGAAUGCUCUUCAGCCUCAAGUACCUGGGCAUGACGCUGGUGGAGCAGCCCAAGGGUGAGGAGCUGUCAGCUGCUGCUGUCAAGAGGAUUGUGGCCACGGCCAAGGCCAGCGGGAAGAAGCUGCAGAAAGUGACCCUCAAGGUGUCGCCACGGGGGAUUAUCCUGACUGACAACAUCACCAACCAGCUCAUUGAGAAUGUGUCCAUUUACAGGAUCUCCUAUUGCACAGCAGACAAGAUGCACGACAAAGUGUUUGCCUACAUUGCACAGAGCCAGCACAACGAGAAUCUUGAGUGCCAUGCCUUCCUCUGCACCAAGCGGAAACUGGCCCAGGCUGUCACCCUCACAGUAGCCCAGGCCUUCAAAGUCGCCUUUGAGUUUUGGCAGGCGUCCAAGGAAGAGAAGGAGAAGAGGGACAAAGCCAGCCAAGAGGGAGGGGACAUCCUGGGCGGGGGCCUCCGAGACAGCACCCCGUCGUUGAAGAGCCUGGUUGCCACUGGGAACCUGCUGGACUUGGAAGAGACGGCCAAGGCCCCGCUGUCCACAGUCAGCUCUAAUACCACUAACAUGGACGAGGCACCGAGGCCUCAAGCCUUGAACAAUAGCAGUGUUGUCUGGGAGCUGGAUGACGGCCUGGAUGAAGCAUUUUCAAGGACUGGCUGCUCAGGCCCCCACCAGCCCCCUUUGGGGGCCCCGGGCUCACAGAGCUCUGCUUUCCAGGCUUGCGCAGUCUCGGACAAACCCUCAGGUCCUGGACACUGGAUUGACAGCACAGGACAUCCGUUACGCGCAGUGCCACUCACCUGUCGACUGGGACAAGCCUGACAGCAGCGGCGCUGAGCAGGAUGAUCUCUUCAGCUUCUGAGCGCCCCGGGCCUGGUGGGACACGUGACACAGACCAAAGCCAAUGGUGGCAGCGUGGGGCCGGCGCCAGGACCCCCAGCCACCCUCUGCUGGGUGAUGGCACCGUCAUCCUGCGAAUCACAGCUGCAUCCAGUCAAGCAGGGGAGGAAGGAGAAAAUUCUCUUUUAGCCCCACUCUUUCUGUAAGAACUGAAGGAUGCCUUGGAUAUUUAUUCAGUGACUCCUGGUUCAGCUCAGAAGCUGGAUUUGCGUCAGGCACGAGCGCAUGUUUUAACCAGCUUUCUGCCCUCUCUUGAGCAAGCUCUGCUCUGCUGCGGGUGUCAGGACGGUGACCAAAGCAUUUCUUGUCCCUUCUCUCUUUCUAAGGACCCAGAUUUCCCUGGCGGCGCCCCCACUCCUUAGCACAGGAGGGUCCCGCAGCCUCAGCAGAACGCUGCGUCCUCAAGUGUGCCUUCGGCCGGGGCCCCGCGGGCCUGGGCUUGCGCCCCCGCCCCGGGGCUCCCAGCAGAGGGGCAGCCGCUGACCAAAGACAAUGUGUAGCUGGCACUUUAAAGCGCACACGGCAGGUGCGGCCCCCAGGGGCUCCUCGAUGGUGCUGCAUUACAUAGAGCUUUCUGUCUGCCCUUCCACAAGAUGGUCCCCGUCGGGGCUCGGAACCAGUGGACCUGGCUGCCUACAGGUCCCCAGAGUCUCUCCGUCAGGAUUCCCCAACCCACUCUCCUCCCCGAGUUGGACGGGCACGUGCCCGCUCUUCCUGUCUCGUCCGCGUGGGUGUCUCUGAGCCCCGAUUCCCCACGCCUCCGGGGACAGUGUGUAGCGCCGAACACCGAGCCUUGGUCAGGACUCUUGUCGCCAUUUUACAGAGGAGACAGGCCCCGAGCGUGGAAGGGGUGGAUGGCAGAGUAGAACCAGAUCUGAUGCCAAAGUUGCCUCUCCCGGCUCAUACCUCCCUUCUUUCUGGCUUUGUUGUCCUCCCAGGAACCAAAAACCCCAGCUCUUUUCUGACCAAAAUGUGUUUCAUAACAAACCAUCUGGUGCCUUUCCACAGACAACUGGCUUGAGCCUCCGCGCCCUGCUCGCUGGCUGGCUGCCGAUUUGCGUGGAAUGAAAGUUGAUGCUAAUUUGGAGGGUGAAACCAAACUAGACGCCGAAGCAUCACACUCUUCUUCGUUCCCGACCCUGACCCCUGGGUCGGCGCAUGGCAGCUGAGUCUGUCUCUUGUCUCCUGUCCUUCUCCCGCUCCCUCCCUCCCAACCCCCCCCCCCCCGCCCCGCCCCCGGGGCUCCCAGCAAAGCUGCCAGUGCCCUCUCCCCCUGGGGGUGGCUCCCGGGCCUGGCUUUACUGAGCUCAAGGCACUGAUGGUAGCAGGUUUCACCAGCCCAGGAAAAACACACACCCUUUCUCAGAAUCUACUUCUCUACGCACUUGAAUCAGAGCACAGAGACAGAAGUGCCUGGCCAAGGGGUGGGGUGGCAUCUGUAGAGUGUCUGUCAGAAUACGGGGAUCAGUUCCUUUCCUUGCCCAGCCCCCGCACCUUGCUGCCCACCCCAGACCUUGGUACCGGCCCCUGGAUUUAUUACGAGGCAGCAAGGUUAGGGCCCGACACCGGCUGUCCCUGGCACAAGGGUCCAGAAGCCCCAAGAGGCCGUGCUGUGUGUGUGUGUGUGUGUGUGUGAGUGUGAGAACCGGACUUGGCCUUUGUGUGGGUCCCUGGCUGACAGGCUGUCUGUGCUCCCAUGUGUCUGCACAUGAGUCUUGUGCUUUGCUUUGUGUUGCUGCAAAAGACAUUCUAAUGAGGAAAAGACUAAGUAAUAAAGGUUCUCUUUUUGAAAUACAAAGAGCACUUGGAGGGAGUGGCCUGUGGCCGGGUGGGAGCGCUCCUGCCUUUAGGGGCUGCAGUGGCAGUGACCACAGGCCAAGGCAUGGCAGGGGUAAUGGUCUGUGGUCCCCUGGUAGAAGCCCAGUGGGACCCCUUCGCACCCAGCAGAUGUGGGUGUGUGGCGAGGUCAUCCCUGGAGAGCUCGGGGCUGCACCAGCAAUCCAGGGCAGUGGAAACGUAGGGUGGGGCCUCCUGGCCAGGAGUCUGUGAACCCAUGGAAUGUGCAUAUGAUUAUGUGUGGGUCCACGUGUGCAUUUUUCUUGGGGAGGAUGCCCAUCAUCUCCGUCACAUUCUUACGUGGGUCCUCGACAUGCGUUCAUUUAGCCAACUCUGUGCUGAACACAACCCAGGCCUGGGGGUCAAGUGCUGGGGCUGGCAGUUCAGACAGGGUCCAAGUGGACUCCAGACUGCGGCUUUGGUGUGAGUGGGGACCAGGGUGGGGGAUGGUGGAAAGUGUCUUAGUGACGUGGGAGACCCAAGGCCUCACUCAGGCUGUGACACUGGAUCGGUCCCUUCUUUCCUUAAGCUUCGGCUUCCCCAUUUGGGAAAAGGCUGCCGCAAGCUCCACCCCUCCCACCUCCCUGGUUUCUGUGACUCGGGUAACCAUUAUGUCAUUGGUGGCUAUUGAGAAGGCUCAAAAGUUUAUCUCAGAGCAAAAGGCCUUUGGACCCAAUACAUUUGAGGAAGUCAAAGUACAACCGACAGCAGGUCACUGAGCUCUUCCUGUGUGCCUGGGGCCGUGCUGAACUUGAUCUCCUCCGGGCCCAGUGCUUUUAGCUCCUUUUACUGCUGUAGCACCCAGGCUAGGGAGGAAGGCAGUCGUGCGCCCAGCACUUUAGAGCCAUAGGCCAGACUCAGAUCUGUGUGCCCCUGACCCCACCGCAUCCUGACCUCCCUGGAGCCACACCUGUAGUCGUGCUGCCCGUGGCCUCCUGUGAGCCCCACGGUGCCGGCCACAGAAAGACCCCUCUCUUCGGGCUCCAGUGGGGGUCUCCUCCAACACGUAUCUCUUUGUCCCUUUCAAACAGUGAUAUGUAAAAUGUCCGGAACCCAGAGGCGGGGCCCUCUGAUGUCAGGCCGACUCACUGUGAAUUCUGAGUGGAUCAUAGAUGACUAAGAAAUUCUCUCCUUUCUUCUCCCAUAAUCUGAAAAGACACCCAACAAGUUCAUCUUUCGGUUUAAAUUUGGCCAAUGUCUUUAGUCUCCGGAUGUCUCAAAUUAUGAAUCCUGAGCACCCGCCGUCUGCUCUUUCAUGCGUAACGGAUGAAGCCAGGAAGAACAAAGUCGCCUUUCAGAUUUGAUGGGACCUUCAGCUUCACCGGGUGGAUGUCGAGGUCUCCUCUCCCAGGAGGAGAUGCCAUCCCAGUUAAAUCUCUCCAAGGACUUCUCAACAAGCCCAGAUGGGGAAUCGGGGUAGAUUCUGUGCCCUUGGCUCUGGCCUUCCUCCUCCUGCCACCCCAUGUGUACAGAUCACAACAGGUGGCCUGCUUACCUGUUAGGACGGGAGCC